AUGCUCUUACCGCAGAGCGCCGCUCCCUCGCUGGUCCUCUCCCUCGCCCUCCUGUCCGCGCCGGCGACGCCUCCGCCAGACCUCGCACAGCCUCCUCUCCUCGCCUCGGCUCCUCUCUCGCGCGCUGCGCCGCGGCCAGCGGUGGCGGCGGCCUCUCUUCUCGUUGCCGCCGACGCCGCAGCGGCGCCGGCCGAGGCGGUUCCGGCCGAGGCGGUUCCGGCCAGGGCGCUGCAGGCGGCGCUGGGGCGCGCACGCGCCGCGUCGCAGUCCGCGGCGGAGCAGGCCUCCGCCGCCGCCGGCCCGGCGCUGCAGCGGGCAGCGGCCGAGGCGGCGCCGGUGCUGCAAAAGGCGGCGGCCGAGGGGCAAGCGGCGGCGGGGGCGGCGGUGAGCGCGACGGCGGCGUGGGCGGAGCGCACCGUCACCACGUCGACCCCCGUGCUCAACAAGGCCGCCGCCGACGCCAAGGCGGCGGCCGAGGCGGCGGCGGCCGAGGCGGUCACGGCGGCGGCUGCGGCGGUCUCCGAGUCGGCUCCUGUCGUUCAGCGGGCGGCGGCGGAGGCGGCGGCGGCGGCGGAGCUGGCGGCGGCGGAGAGCGCGUCGGCCGCCGCCUCGGCCGCCUCGGACGCCGCGCGCGCUGCCGUCGCUGCCUUCGUGGACACGGCUUGUGCUGUGGCUUCGUCAGCGCUGAGCGCCGAGGAGGUUGAGGCGGCGGCGGCGGCGGCGGCGACGGCGCAGCAGGCGGCGCAGACUGCGGUGGCGGACGCUGCCCCCGUGGCUGCCAAGACGUUGGUCCUGCUGAAGCGCGCGGCGGCGGCGGCGGAGAGUGCCGGCGCAGCGGUCGAGGAGUACACUGCCGCCGCGCUCCCGCUCUCGGCAGAGGUCGGCGCGCGUGUCGGAGAGUCUGCGAGGACCGCUGCAGCCCGCGCCGCCGCCGCCGCCGCCCCUCGGCUCGAGGCUGCGGGCGGCCAGCUGGCGGCGGCCGCGCGGGAGCUGGCGGCGGCGGCGGCGGCCGAGGUGGACACACACGUUGCGCCCGCGAUAGAGGCUGCGCUCAAGCAGGGCGCAGAGGAGGUGCAGCGGGCGGCUGCGCAGGCGCUAGUGCCAUGGACGCACACUGUCGCAGAGCUGCCUUGCAUGCCGCCCGGUGGGGCUUGCCACAUGCCAGCCGAGACGGUGGCAGUCUUCAUAUAA